AUGUCAUGUUAUGUAUAUCUCUCUUUUCCAGCAACAUUUAAACAGAGCAUGAAGCCCAUCUUCUUCUUGUGUUUAUUGCUGGCUGGUCUGUAUACUGUUGCCCAGUGUAAUCAGCUUCCUCGCUACCGCAAUAAGCAAAAUGACCCUAAAGAGACCUAUUACUCAGGACACAGUUCUCAUGGGGAAGGAGUUUAUCCAGUUAAGAACAAAACCUUUGUCAAGCUACUUCCCAGCAAUGCUGACUUUGCAUUUUCAUUUUACAAACUGAUAACAUCUGAGACAACCGAUCAAAACAUUUUCUUUUCACCCAUAAGCAUCUCUGUUUCCUUUGCAAUGCUGGCACUUGGUGCCAAGUCAGAGACACUGAUGCAGAUUCUAGAAGGGCUUGCCUUUAACCUGAAAAAGACUCAGGAGCAGGAAAUACAUGAAGGUUUCUGCCAACUCCUCCACCUACUGAACCGUUCAGACAGUGAACUCCAGUUGAGCUUGGGCAAUGCCCUUUUUAUAGGAAAGACGCUAAAACCACUACAAAAGUUCUUGGAUGACGUCAAAAACUUUUAUGAAUCUGAAGUCUUUUCCACUGACUUUAACAACUCCUCUGGUGCUGAGAUUCAGAUCAACCGUUACAUUGAGAAAAAGACAAAUGGGAAAAUUGUUAAACUAGUGGAAAGACUUGAUCCUCUCACUGCAAUGAUUCUCGUUAACUACGUCUUCUUUAAAGCCCAUUGGGAGAAACCCUUCAGUACUUCAUAUACAAAACAGGAGGAUUUUUUUGUGGAUCAGGAAACAUCUGUAAAAGUUGACAUGAUGUAUCGAAAGGGUUACUACAAAACUUACUUUGAUGAAGAGCUGUCCUGUUGGCUGGUUCAGAUACCUUACAAUGGAAAUGCUGCAGCAUUAUUUGUUUUGCCUGAUGAAGGGAAGAUGAAGCAGGUGGAAGAUGCUCUCUUGAAAAGGACUGUAUCUAAAUGGGAAAAGUUCCUCCAAGAUAGAAAAAUACAUCUGCACAUUCCAAAAUUUUCUAUUUCUGGUACCUAUGAUGUGAAGAGGAUAGUCAAACAAGUGGGUAUGAUUGAUCUGUUCACUGAACAAGCUGAUCUGUCAGGGAUUACUGAGGAGCCUGGACUGAUGGUUUCAAAAGUGAUCCACAGAGCUGUGCUGAAUGUUCAUGAGAAUGGCACUGAAGCAGCAGGGGCCACACUGGUGGAGAUAAUCAGGAAAUCUGGUGACAUUCCUCGUCCCCAUCGAGUUAGAUUCAACAGGCCCUUUCUCCUGGUGAUUCUGGAUAAAUACACCCGCACUGUCCUCUUCAUAGGGAAGAUUGUAAACCCUCUGAAAAAGCACUGA